UGUCUUCUUGGGUUAGGAUAAACCUGCAACUUUCUCCUAUCCUCUGCCUCCCAACUUCAACAGAGUAAAAGAGAGCAAGCGAAAGAGAUGAGUUCUUCAAUCUGCACACCCAAUUCUCUCCUUUCUUACACCCGCUUGAAACCCAAUUCCAAUACUCUUCAUCCCCCUCUUCCAAAACGCCCAUCAACCCUUUCUUUCACUCCCAGAGCUUCUCUUUCAGUCCCUAAAGAAGCAGUUCUCAAAUCCUUCCAUGAAAGAAGAGCACUCAAGAUCAUUUCAGGCUUGCAGAAUUUCAACAAAGACAACGUUGCUUCUGUUGUUAUCGCUGCAGAUAAGGGUGGAGCUACUCAUGUGGAUAUAGCUUGUGAUCCGGAGUUGGUCAAACUCGUCACCAGCUUGACUUCUCUCCCUAUUUGUGUGUCGUCAGUAGAUCCAUCUGCUUUCCUUGCUGCUGUAGAAGCUGGAGCUUCCAUGGUUUUUACUUAA